UUAAAAUUGUUUGGACCCUUAAGAUUUUAAAUUUGUAGUGUAUUUAUUUUAUAUUAGCCAAAAUGCAUGGGCGUGUUAAGGUGCGUACCACAGAGGAGGAGCGCGAGCGCAAGAAGAAGGAGCAAGUGCUUAAGAUGCGCGCCUAUCGGGCUGCUAUGACUCGCAUUCAGAAAAAACGCAGCCUCGGCGAACUAGAUGACGAAAUGCUUGGACUAACGGUACAAAUACUGCUGCGUAACCCGGAUAUAACGACGUUGUGGAAUAUACGACGCGAAUGCGUGCUGAGGAAGACAGCAGAAUUGGAGAAAGCGAUGGAGGAACAUGAGGCACGGGCGAAGCAGCAGGUGGAGGCAGAUGACGAGAGCGGCAAGCCAAAGGUGGGAGAAGAGGACGAGAGUGACAAGCCGAAGGUGGGAGAACAAGGCGAUGGCGAUAAGAAGGCAGACGAGGAGAAGGAAGACGAUAAGAAAGAGAUCUUGGCGCAACAGCUACAGUCGAUCUAUAAAACGGAGCUAGACCUCACCGAACAGUGCCUGAUGGUGAACCCAAAGUCUUACAAUGGUUGGCAUCAUCGCUGCUGGACCUUGGAGCAGAACCCCCAAGCCGAUUGGCAGCGGGAGUUGCAGUUGUGCAACAAGUACUUGAAAUACGAUGAGCGUAACUUUCACACCUGGGACUACAGACGCUAUGUGAGCGACAAGGCGUCGGUGCCCGCUGAGCAAGAGCUGGACUUUUGCACAGAGAAAAUCAAAGUGAACUUCUCCAAUUACUCCAGCUGGCAUCAUCGCAGCCUGCUGCUGCCCAAGCUGUAUCCCAACGAGCAGCAGGAUCGGCCCAUGAGCGAGCACAAGCUGAAAGAGGAGCUGGAAAUGGUGCUGACGGCGGCCUUCACGGACCCCAACGACAGCAGCGCCUGGUUCUAUCAGCGCUGGCUGCUGGGCAGCGGAUCGCAGAGCGAGCAAACAGCUACAUUGGCUGCUUUUCGCUGUUGGCCCCAUAAGGCGCAGCUGUCGCUAAAGAAAUCCCAUCCAGAGCUGGCAGAGCUCACGGUGCAGUUGAUCAGCGGACAACAAACGCUGCAGCUGCAGCCAUGGACAGCUGUGAAUAGCGAGAAGAACCAAUGGCAAUGCGAGCAAGCCAUAGAAAUCGAUCCAAGUCAAGAUUAUUUCCUGGAUGUUGCUGGCCAACGCAUGCAGCUGGCCGUGCAGCCCAGUGAUCAGAGCCUUUACUAUUUUGUGCCGCCGCAUGCAACCUCCAGCUGCAGCAAGGAGCUGCUUGCCGAGCUGCAAACACAGCUCCAAUCCUGCCUAGACCUGCUCGAAUACGAGCCGGACAGCAAGUGGACGCUGCUGACUAGUGCGCUGCUCAUGCGCGCCAUCGACGUGAGCAGCUAUCAUGAGCAGAGCUUGACGCAUCUGACCAAACUGGAGCAGGUGGACGCUCUGCGUCAGGGCUACUACAAGGACUUAUCCGCACGCUGGACCAUGGAAAUGGCCUUGGCCAAAUGGCCCGCCUCGUCCAGCUAUCCGCAACGAUUCGAGAUGCCCACCAAAAUGUCUAGGAUGCCCUAUGCCCAGUAUUUGAUUGUGGCGGACGAAAUAUCCAGCUGAAUUUAUAGUCUCAUCUGGAUGUUG